UCAGAGGUGUGGUGGCGAGCGUUGUAAAUGCACAAAAUACAAUAUACACAUAUAGUAUUUGAGUCUGGGCAAGCUCGGAUAAAGCAUAUUAUUACGUAACAAAUGCAAGUUUUUCCGCUGCCAAGAUUUAAAAAUGCUGUGUCGACUAUCGCGUGUCUAGACUGACAAACGAUCCUACAAUAACUACCACAGUAUGCAAAAGCGGCGAACAUAGCCUAUAAAUUGUGGGGCUUUUAAUCUGCGGGCAUUACUUUGCAUUGACGCUAUUGUCUGUAUAGCUUCGUGUUAUUUGGCACUUACAAGCAUUUUUACCUCUGGUUUGAGUGCUUUUGUGAAAGAUACCAAAAUAAACUAUGUCUAUGUAUUGUUACAUUAUAUUGAUACUUUGCUGCAUCGGAGCCGUUAAUAGCCGUCCGUAUAGCCGUCCGCCAGGAAGGAGAUGGGAAAUGGAUUGGUAUGCAUGGAAAGCUCAUUUUAGAAAGAGUUAUGAAUCCGCUGAAGAAGAGGGGAUACGGCACAACAUUUGGUUGGAGAAUAAGGCGAAGAUUGAUCAACAUAACGAUGAAGCAGAUGCCGGGCAACAUACAUAUUAUAUGAAAAUUAACCAAUUUUCUGACAGGGCUGAAGGAGAAGAAAUACAUAACGGCUUGGAUGUUGGACCCGAAUAAUCUCAAAUCAUCUCCAUACGCUAUUCAGAAACUAGAACGUCAAAUUUAUUUUUGAUUCAAUAUCAUUUAACUAUGUUACUUUCAUUUUGUGUGUGUGAGCCGAAAAAGAAAAAGAAAAUUUUUGUAAUUUUAUAAUAAAUUAAUUUAUUGUAAUUUUCAUUCACACCAAUCGUUUUGAUCUGCAAAUAAAUUCU